AUGGUUAAAUACAUUAAACUGAGAAUUGAAGGGCUUUGGUCAAAAGUAAAAAGGCUUGAAUUAGUGCAUCUGAAAGCUGCAUUUGGAAUUUCUUCAAACAGUGAGUGUAGUGAAGUUGCACAAAGCAGAACAAUUAGAGUAUGGCUGAAGAGGGACAGUGGCCAGUACUGGCCCAGCAUUUACCACACCAUGUCAUCGCCUUGUUCAGCUAUGGCUUAUCACCAUGACAGCAGAAGAAUAUUUGUAGGCCAGGAUAAUGGUGCCAUUAUGGAAUUCCAUAUCUCAGAAGACUUUAAUAAGAUGAACUUUGUCAAGACAUACCCAGCUCAUCAGAAUCGGGUGUCAGCUGUCAUCUUCUGCCUGGGAGCAGAGUGGGUUAUCAGUACUGGCCAUGACAAGUGCGUCAGCUGGAUGUGCACCAGGAGUGGGAAUAUGCUGGGAAGACACUACUUCACCUCUUGGGCUUCGUGUUUACAAUAUGACUUUGAAACUGAACAUGCCUUCGUUGGGGACUACUCUGGACAGAUCACGCUGCUGAAGCUUGAACAGAAUACAUGUACAGUUAUCACAACCCUCAAAGGGCAUGAAGGGAGUGUUGCUUCCCUCUGGUGGGAUCCUGUCCAACGGUUACUCUUCUCUGGAGCAUCUGAUCAUAGCAUUAUCAUGUGGGAUAUUGGUGGAAGGAAAGGCCGAACGCUGCUGCUUCAGGGCCAUCAUGAUAAGGUGCAGGCUAUUUGUUACAUCCAGCUCACGCGGCAACUGGUCUCAUGUUCAGCUGAUGGCGGAAUUGCUGUUUGGAAUAUGGAUAUCAGCAGAGAAGAGGCUCCUCAGUGGCUAGAAAGUGAUUCUUGUCAGAAAUGUGAACAGCCUUUCUUCUGGAAUAUAAAGCAGAUGUGGGACACAAAGACAUUAGGGUUGAGACAGCAUCACUGCAGGAAAUGUGGUCAAGCAGUGUGUGGCAAGUGCAGCACUAAGCGGUCCAGCUACCCAAUCAUGGGCUUUGAGUUCCAAGUCCGUGUCUGUGACUCUUGCUUUGAGUCCAUCAAAGAUGAAGAUCGUACUUCCCUGGCAACUUUUCAUGAAGGAAAGCACAACAUUUCCCACAUGUCUAUGGACAUUUCUAGGGGACUAAUGGUUACUUGUGGGAGUGAUCGGAUUGUGAAGAUAUGGGACAUGACACCAGUAGUUGGUUGCAGCCUUGCGACUGGCUUCUCACGUUGACCUAGGACCUGACAGGUUCAUGCACCUUAUGUACAGCAACACACACCGAAUGAAUGAAAACCCUACUAGAAAUAUUGUCACAAAAGCACUGGUUGCUGGAUCCUUUCUCCUGCUCUUGCAGCAUGGACAGUUAUCUUUGUAGAGAAACGCUCUUCUAUGGGGUUCAGUGGGAAUAACCUUGAUGUAGAAAUGCAAUUUCCCAGCUGGUUGAUGUGAAGUAAAAUGGCUUACCUGCAACAUGACUGCGAGAAAAGGAUUGGUCAUAACUUGGUUUACAUGUGGUGUUAACAAUGUGCUUUCUCUGCUGAAAUAUCUUGUAAAGUAGCUAAAGAAUUAUCAGAGUAAAACAAGUUGUUCUGAUUUUUGCAAACAGUAAAUAACUUAACUGUCCCUUCCAGUAAGCCGUCCCCAACUGAACUUUUUCUGAUGUACCGUUUAAGGCUGCCUCCAAAUGAAGUAUUGGAUAUAACUUUGAAGGAAAUAGGUGGUUGUUUGCUUUAAAAAAAAAAAAAAAAAAAAAAAUGUUUGAAUAAAGGGGUAGGUGUUUCUUCUCUGGAGUGGCAGUAAGUAUGUCCUUGACAUAAGAGAUCCUGAGCUGCUGGCUUUCUUGGAGUGUUGUCUGCAAGUUCAGUUAUUGGUAAAACUACUUUUUAAAAAACACUUUGUUCCAAUAGCUUGCAAGUGUGUGUAAAUAUUCCUAGGCUCUUAAAAAUGCUGAAGCUAUAUUUAUUCCCUCUUCUUGGCUAACAUAAUGAAACUUUUGUAGCUGCUGUUGAGUACAUUAUCUGUCCAAUCUCAAUAGUAAAGGCAGCCCACGACAUGUCACAAAUCACAUAUGCUAUGUUUACAAUGCUGUUAAAAUGGGGAGAUAUACAAACCUAUUAGCCGUAACUUCUAAAAUAAAUUCCUCCUACAUAUGAACUAAUUUUUUAUGUGGAAAAGCUUAGUUCCUCAUUUACCAUGAAGAAAUUAUAUAUAGCGAUAGCAUUCAUUCCUUUCAAAAUGAACACAAAGAUGGCAAUUAAUGUUAAACAUAUUUUUUUUUCUAAAGCAAUAACUACAGAGAUGUAGAAUUUCUUGGAUAGUUCUGAGUGCAGAUGAAGAGUGUUAAUCUUAAACGGUGUGUGCAGUGGUGGCUCUUGCUGCUUAUAAACAGAGUAAGGAGCUAUGAAGUUUUUGUGGAUUGCAUAAUUGCAGCUAGCACUUACAGGUAUCAUGAGAGACAUUGCCAUGUAUGCUGGUCUGUCAGUACAUGAAUUACUUACAUUCCAUAAACGUUAGGAUCUACGUAAUGCCAUACGGUUGUCUUACAAGAGUAUAUGAAAAUUUCAUUUUCAAAUGAAAUUUAAUGUAAUUCCAUGUACUAUGGAGUUGCAAAGGAGAUGGGAGCUCAUUGGAUUUUCAUAAACUGGUGGUGUGUAUUAUGAUGGAAGAAUGUACAGAUCAGCUUUCUGCUGCCAUUGGAGGGGACAUGAUUUUUCUUGCAGAAAAUAGAGAUGAGCUACUGGAAAGAAUUGUUAACUUGCAGCAACAGCUAUGUGGUGGCGGCACUGCUGAAUCAGUGUCAUACUUUGAUACUAACAUUUUAUAGCUUGCUAUAGCUAGUGUAUUCUAAUGUCAUGGGCUAGGAAUUAGUCCUGAUCUUGCUCAGUUUUGUAAUAAGGUGUUGGACUCCAUGACACUAAAUACCUUCUCCAGUAUAUUCUUGAUUCACAUUUUGAAACCGGCUUUAUAGCUAACUACUUCACUCCACAAAUAUUUUGCUAAAGGAUAUUUUUUUAACCUCAUACUUCCUAAUUCUUCACACUUCUGAUGGCAGUUUCUAUGGGAAGCUAGCAUGUAUAUUUGUAUUAUCUCAAAUUUGAAAUCUGAAUGAGUAAAUGCUAAUUUAGCACUUUAGGCAAGUCUGUAUUGCAAAGACAAACAUAUUUCGGAGCCUGAUCAAAUUAUUUCAAACUGUAUUGAAAGGAAUAUGUCCAAUAUUUUAUAUUUGAAGUUACAUGGGUUAAUUUUGAAAACUUCUGUUUUCACAUUAUCAGGUGAAAUACCAUUUGUGCAAGAAAGGACCAGAAGUUAGAUCGUGAGCUAACGUAAAUCAGGGAGGAAACUGACAUUAGGAGAGAGAAUUAAAACAAUGGAAGAAAACAUCUAAAGCUUUUUCUCACAUGUCAAAUCCAACUUUUUUGUUCCAAUCACCUGACUUAAUAGUUAAGAUGAACCUUAUAUAAAUGACAUUGCAACAAAAGUAAAACUUGGAAGUUUGGAGCCACAUGAUAAAUUGUGUAUCAGACUUUUUUUAGGGGUGGGCACCUUCUACUAACGUGAACAGGAGCUAUGUACCUGCUUUGGGAGAUGAUUCUAUGUAGUUUUGAUGAUGAAUUGUACAAUUAAAUGCUAGUUCACAUUCAUGUCAGUCAAUACUACUGGAAUAAUCUUUCCAGCAGACAGCACUAGCACCAGGUCAGUUGGAUGUUCUCUUGCAAAAAAAAAAAUUGCCAAUUUUUGUUUUUUGCAUCCAGUGCAUCUCCGAUACUUACCAUUUUAACAUUUCCCCCCUUUCCUGUGAAUUACCCCAUCCUUGGCAAUAACAGAUUUUACCAUUAGAUAACCUAAUAAUCUGCUGCAUGGCUUUUAAAUUUAAUACAUAUGUUAAAUGUUUUCUAUAAUUGUAGCAUCACUUAGAUUUAACAGGAUGAUGGCUGGCAAAACACCAGUUGGUCAUAAAAAUUAAAACUUAGUUUAACAAACCAGUAAUACUCUGAAAAAUGAUACACUUGCUUAAAAACCAAACAUAUUUUUGAAGAAACAUACUAUUGUGCAAUUUCAAAUACAAUAACUAACCCAGUGAAUUCAAAUGUGCAAUUAUUUUGAAGCAUUACCAAUUUAUUUUGUAUGGCCUUCUUUCAUUGGUGGAACAAAUGUAUUUAAGUCUUUUGCUAGCUGUGUUUCUGCAAAAUACUGUACACCACGUAUUUAGAGAUGCAAGAUAAGUCUUGCUCCAUCCUCUGAUAUUUAACUUUGAACACAUGCAUAAUAAAAUGUAUUGAUAGUCACUCAGUUUAUUCUAAUGACCCAUCUUCAAUUGUUCAUUGUUGCAGGAAAUACUGGCAAAGAAAUUACACAUGGUGCUUGUGAACAGGGGUGAAUGAAAGCAGGAUCCAGGCUGGUGACUGGCUAAUGUCCUGUAGACCUACAGUUGAAUUUGUAAAGAAGCCUCCUAGCCAAAGACAAGCACACAUUUGACAGGAGGGAGCCUGUAGUACCACAUAGCAGCUGCUGAUUAGCUGUAGCUUUGCUAGGCAGAAGCAACUGUGCUACAGAAGGGAGUGUUUUGAGGAGAAUGUAGUAGGGAUGAUAGUGAGUAGUCAACUACCUGAUAAGCUUAUUGCUUAGUCAAUUGGAAUAUUGACUACUCGCGCACUCCCCCCGCACUCCCAUCGCCUCUGAGAGGCAGCAAUGGGGGGUGGGGAACAGAAGCCAGUGCUGGGGGAGCCAGCUUAAAAGCCAAUUCUCCCCCCUCUCCCCAGCACUGUCUCCGUGGUGCUGCCUGCUUCCCCUUGCUGCCUCUGCCUUCGGUGGGCUGAGGUUCACUCUGGGCAGAGGCUGCUCCAGCAGCAGCCCCUGUCCAUGGAUGUCCCACUGGGGAGCUGGCCCUUCUCCUCUUCUCCCCCCCCUCCCCCCCUUCUACCUUGGGUAGAAGAAAGCACUGCACUUCUCCUGUAAAAUAAUUGGAAAACUAUUUGUAAGUGGUGGCAAAACUCAGAUAUUUAACUCCCUUGAUUUGAAAUGCAUGGAACAGCAGUAUUUUCCAUAGCAGUGCCCCCUUAUUUAGGGAUACAGGUAAUCAUGACCCCUCCCCCCAAUUGAGAGUUUUCUCUUGGAAGCUUCAUGUGCUGAAGCACUUGACAGAAUGGGUAGUGUUAAAGUUUGAGAGGGUUUUCAAUAUGAAAUGUAAACUGAAUUGUGCACCAGAUGUAGUUGGACUAAGCCUGAGGACUCUUAAAUAAAAACAUACUGUAUUGUU